AUGGCUGAUUCAGAUGUGGAUGAAUAUCAAAAACGUUGGGAGGCAAGCUGGAAUGCAGGUCUCAAGCCCGGCGAGAGAUUCGAUGCAUGUCAAUCAUCGCCUGCACUGCUCGACCUGCUAAAAAGGGGAACCGUGGCUGUGGAGGGGAAGAGGGUCUUCGUGCCGGGCUGUGGCAGAGGGUACGACCCCGUGACCUUCAUCAAGGCUGGCGCCAAGGAGGCCAUCGGCCUGGAGCUUGCCCCUUCGGCAACCCCUGCAGCCAACGAGUACAUUGCAGCGCAGUCGGUGGAUACCAGCAAGUGCUACGUGGAGACCGGUGACUUCUUCAAGUGGAAGGACCCUGCUGGCUUUGACGUCGGCUAUGACUAUACCUUCUUGUGCGCCAUGCAUCCGACCAUGCGCGAGGACUGGGCCAAGGCCUGGCAUGGGCAUCUGUCGCCAGGAGGCAAGCUCAUCACCCUCAUCUUUCCCAUCAACCCUGCGGCAGACCCUGGACCGCCCUGGUACAUCCACGCAGACAUGUGCAAGGAGCUGCUCAUCCCCGCAGGCACGGCAGUGGAUUUUGUGACCAAGGGAGGGGGGGACAAGAAGGGCCCCCAGAGAUUAGAGUUUAGGCCCAUAACAGACAAGGAGGCCAGUCUCCGAGUCGAGGUGGAGUCACCCUUCCGGAGUCUGAGGAUCAUAGUACUGGGGUUCUGCAUCGCCAGCGCUGGCAUCGGCUCCCUCUUCAGCCUCGUCUACAUCCUCAAAGACGGGCCUGAUGCCUGGAAGAACCUGGGGAUCAAUGCGGGUGUGGUGGCCGUGGCCGCCUGGCUCCUGCGCCGCGAUCUCAAGGCGCGGGGCACUGCUGUCAACCGCGUGAUGCGGGAGGGCCAGCUGGGGGCGUGCGAGGUCCAGCUCCAGAACGGGAGGAGGCUCCGCCUCGCCGACCUCCGGGGGUCAGCACGGGUGGUGAUCAUGGUCGGGACGCGGGAGCAGGUGGAGGCCGCGGUGGGGGCCGCGGAGCCUUUCCGGGAGAGACUGCAGGCGGCGGGGGUGCUGCUGGUGCCGGCUGCCAUCUACGACCAGGGCAGUGGCACCUCUGACGGCGCCGCACCCCAGGCCUCCGCCGCGGACCUCAAGUGGGUCGCCCAGCCGGUGCGGCUCGCUGAGUGGCGGACCUGGUUCGAGCAGCAGACCAAGUCGCAGGGCACGCCCACCGCCGGGGGCCUGUACAUCAGCCUGCGCCUGGAUGGGCGCAUCCGCGCCAGCGGGCGAGGCUCCCCGCCCUGGGAGCAGCUGGCCGCCCAGCUGCCGUCUGUCAGCGGGUUCUUUGGGGGCUUCCUGGACGGCAUGGACGGCAGGGUCUGA